AGACAUGGGCUCUGUCACACUUGCACAUGCAAAGCUUUUGAACUGGUUGCUCUUGCUGUCGAGCCUGGUAUGCUGUUCUGCUACUGCUUAUGCGGAUGAGCCCAACUUGAGCAACAGUUUCUUGCCUCACUAUGAACCUGAUCAGGGGGAUGCUCUUGGCUCUUCACAAGAUACGAGGCUACAUGUUUUCACAGUGGACUAUGCCUAUGUGCAAAUUCCCUAUGAAGUUACUCUUUGGAUCCUUCUUGCCUCUCUUGCGAAAAUAGGUUUCCACCUCUAUCACCGAUUACCAAGACUCAUGCCCGAAAGUUGCAUCCUGAUUGUCAUUGGAGCACUAGUAGGAGCGAUCAUCUUUGCUUCAGAUCACAAAUCUCCACCAGUGAUGAACUCAAGUAUUUACUUCUUGUAUCUCCUUCCACCCAUUAUCCUAGAAGAGGGUUAUUUCAUGCCAACUCGCCCAUUUUUUGAAAACUUUGUGUCCAUCCUGUGGUGGUCUUUGCUGGGAUCUCUGCUAAACUCAUUUGGAAUUGGUCUCUCCCUCUAUGGAAUCUGCCAGAUAGAAGCCUUUGGCCUGACUGAUCUGGACCUGCUUCAGAACCUGCUCUUUGGCAGCAUGAUUUCAGCUGUGGAUCCUGUGGCAGCUCUGGUAGUUUUUGAAGAAGCCUCCGUUAAUGAACAGCUUUAUAUGAUGAUCUUUGGAGAAUCAUUGUUAAAUGAUGGCAUCACCGUGGUUUUAUAUAAUAUCUUCAUCGCCUUCACCCAGAUGCACAGGUAUGAAGAAAUUGAAUCCAUCGAUGUCUUUGCUGGCUUUGCUCGCUUCUUCGUAGUGGGGCUGGGUGGUGUGUUGUUUGGCAUCAUCUUUGGAUUUGUUUCGGCAUUCAUGACUCGAUUCACCCACAACGUUUCUGCCAUCGAACCCCUGCUGGUCUUCAUGUUCAGCUACCUGGCAUACUUGUCUGCUGAAACCCUUUACAUCUCAGGCAUUUUGGCGAUGACAUCAUGUGCAGUGACAAUGAAAAAAUAUGUGGAGGAGAACGUUUCCCAGAAUUCCUAUACCACAAUAAAAUAUUUCAUGAAGAUGUUGAGCAGUGUCAGCGAGACCCUGAUUUUUGUUUUCAUGGGAGUAUCUACAGUGGGGAAAAACCAUGAGUGGAACUGGGCCUUCAUUUGCUCCACGCUGCUCUUCUGCCUCAUUUGGCGGACACUGAGUGUAUUUGCUCUCUUCUACAUCAGCAACAAGUUCCGAACAUAUCCCUUCACCUUCAAAGACCAGCUCAUUAUUUCCUACAGUGGCCUUCGAGGAGCCAGCAGCUUCUCUCUUGCAUUCUUGCUUCCAGUGAAUCUCUUCCCAAGAAAAAAAUUGUUCAUUACUGCUACUCUUGUAGUUAUAUAUUUCACUGUCUUCAUCCAAGGAAUCACAAUUGGACCACUGGUCAAAUAUCUAGAUGUGAAAAAGACCAACAAAAAGGAGUCUAUCAAUGAAGAGAUUCAUGUGCGAUUGAUGGAUCAUUUGAAGGCUGGUAUUGAAGACAUAUGUGGACACUGGAGUCAUUAUCAACUGAGAGAUAA